CGCCGAGGUUCUGGAGUCUGGCUGCUCGCCAGGCGGGUGGCCUUCGGCCCUGGGGCCACAGGGCGGCCGCGCCUCGGGGUGGGAAAGAGAACGCCUGGGUCCCCGGGCCGCCGGCCGCCCGCAGCUGCGCCAUGGGCUCGCGCGGCUCUCACGCCGCGGUCAUCCCCGACCUGGACGCCAUCCGGAGAGAGACCGGCUUCUCGCAGGCCAGUCUGCUCCGCCUCUACCACCGGUUCCGAGCGCUGGACAGGAACAAGAAGGGCUACUUGAGUCGGAUGGACCUCCAGCAGAUUGGGGCGCUGGCCGUGAACCCCCUGGGAGACCGCAUUAUAGGCAGCUUCUUCCCGGACGGGAGUCAGGGAGUUGAUUUCGCAGGCUUUGUUAGGGUCCUGGCUCAUUUUCGACCUGUAGAUGAUGAAGAAAUUGGAAACCGAGACCCCAAGCAACCUGAACCCCUCAACAGCAGAAUGAACAAACUGCGCUUUGCAUUCCAGCUCUAUGACCUGGAUCGGGACGGAAUGAUCUCCAGACUGGAGCUGCUACAGGUUCUCCGGCUGAUGGUUGGGGUGCAAGUGACAGAAGAGCAGUUGGAGAGCAUCACAGACCGCACUGUGCAGGAGGCCGAUGAAGAUGGGGACGGGGCUGUGUCCUUCUUGGAGUUCACCAAGUCCUUGGAGAAGAUGGACAUCGAACAAAAAAUGAGCAUCCGUAUCCUCAAGUGACACCCCCCUCCUCCC